AUGAAACCGCGGAGCGUCCGUUGCAUGAAGUUCUUUCUAACAUUGUUCAACAUAAUAUGCAUUCUGUUCGGCUUGGUCUUGAUGGCGGUAUGCGCGAUCAACGUGCGCGAUUUCAAGGCCGGGCCCGAGCCGGCGCUGUCACGGGGCGUCCUCUCCUUCCUGCUAACCCUGGGCCUCGGUUUGGUCGUCACAGCUGUUGUAGGUUGCGUCGGUGCCCUGAGGGAGAACGUCAAAAUACUCUACGUGCACGCGUGCUUCUUCAUUUUCCUGGUGUCGGUGGAGGUGGUGGUGGCGGUGGGGGCGGCGGUGCUGAGCGCUUGGAUGGGGCUUGGUAGCGAGCUGAGGGUAAACUUUUACAAGAAUUCCACGGCGGUGGUCGACGAUUCUAGUCAGGCGUACUGGGAGCACUUGCAGUCCGAGAACCAGUGCUGCGGCGUCGACGGCCCUCAAGACUACGAACUCAUCCACCGUGACAUUCCACCUUCGUGCUGCCCAAGCACCCAUCCCCUCAGAGACGGCGGUGCUAAGAGGCAUCUGCAUACCAACUGCGUAACAGAGAGGUCCUACUACACGAGAGGCUGCGACGAAGCCUUGCGCCUGAGGAAGGCUUUCAAAGGCAAAAUCUUCAUCACCACCGGGGUCAUCUUCAUCUUGAUUGAAAUCCUGUGCAUCAUCCUGGCAGUAUGGAUGGCCAGGACCUUAAAGUCGGAGCGCAGACGACUGCAGCAGAAUUUGCAGGCGCACUUUGAAAGU